AUGACGGUAAUUGGGGCGACGACCAACGGCGGGACGACCAACGGGGGGGCACCGAGCGCCAAAAAGGCCGCGCACCAGAAGUACGCUAUUGGCCGUGCGAUACUCGAGCCUGCCAUCCACCAUGAGUCGUUUGAGAAAUUGUGGGAAACGAAAUGGAAAGCACCUUGUACGAUGGGAGUUUACCCGUUCAUGUUCGGUACUGUGAAGGACUUUGAGCCGGUGGCGCAGGAGAUCAUCCAGAAAGGGCUGAAAGAGCCGUACGAUUGGGAUGAGUACGCCGAAAUGUUCUUCCCCAAGGCAGAGGAACUUUCAGAGAUCGCAGGCAGGGCAGAGGAAGCGGGCGAGAAGGAAAAGGCGUCAGAGUACUACCUGCGAAGCUCAGCGCUGUAUCGCAUCGCCCGUUUCCCUGCUCCUCGUUCAGAAAAGCAGCGACUCGCCUGGACUCUGGGCAAAGAUGCAUUCUACAAAGGCGGAGCCCUGAUGGAAUAUCCCAUCCGUGAGGUAGAGAUCCCUCACACGCACCGAAAUGAAUCCGAAGGCCAGACCAUCCCCGUGAACUUCCUCCUCCCGCCGGGGGCCUCACCCCAGCGUCCGGCCCCCGUGGUGAUGAUAUUCACGGGCCUGGACGGGUACCGCACCGAGCUCGCGGUCUGGCAGCGCGGCUGGCUGGAGAAGGGCGUGGCGACAGUAGUGGUCGAGAUCCCUGGAACCGGCGACUCCCCCGCGGCCAAGGGCGACCCGACGAGCCCGGACCGCCAGUGGUCCAGCGUCCUGGACUGGAUCGCCGGGCAGGCGGAGCUGGACAAGGGUAGGGUCGUCGUCUGGGGUUUCUCCACGGGUGGGUACUACGCGCUCCGGGUGGCGCACACCCAUGCGGAUAGGCUUCUGGGCAGCCUCAGUCUAGGGGGAGGGGCUCACCACAUGUUUGACCGAGACUGGCUGGAGCAUGCCAACAAGCUGGAGUAUCCGUUUGACUUGGCGGAUACUCUGGCUUACAAGUAUGGCUAUGCGGACUUGGAGUCGUUCAUCCAGGAGGCGCACAAGUUCUCACUGGUCAAUGACGGAACGCUGGACAGGCCCUGCUGCAAGAAUGUGCUGGUCGUCAACGGGGAGAACGACGAGAUCUUUCCGAUCGAGGAUCUUCACGUGGCGCUACGGCAUGGAUCGCCAAAGUCGGCACGGGUGGUCGAGGGCCGAAAGCAUAUGGGGGAGCCUGAGAGCUUUUUUGUGAUUCUCCGAUGGAUCCACGACUUGCUGGGCUUGGAUGGGGAUGUCGCAGCUCAGACGAGGUUGUUGCCGUUUAAGGCCAAGUAUUGA